AUGGCCGGUGCCACGGCGGCCGGGGUGUGCACUAAGUGCGAGGCCGGCAGGUGGAGCCCGCAAAUUGCCGCCGUGACGGAAACCGUCUGUGUGGCCUGCACGGCUGGCCGCUACAGCGAGAAGGCGGGGUCCUCCGACUUCGACGCCUGCAUCUCCUGCAAGCCUGGCACAUGGAGUGGCAAGAUUGGUGCGGACACCGUGGGGGUUUGCGAAGCUUGCCCAGCAGGCAAGUGGAGCCCGGCCAAGGGCGCGACCUUCCCAGAGACCUGUGCCAGCUGCCAGCCCGGAACCUACAGCAGCACCAAGGGCGCCUCUGCCCAGGACUUCUGUGAGAAGUGUGGCCCGGGCAAGUACAGCGAGGAAACAGCCGCAACCAGCGAAGCCACAUGCACCAAAUGCGGCAAGGGCACAUACCAGCCCAUCAUCGCCGCGGGCAACCACACACUUUGCAUCCCCUGCUCGGUUGGCAAUUUCAGCAAGAGCGUGGGCGUUGCGAUGUGCGAGAUGUGCCCGGCCGGCAGCUACGGCGACGACUUCGGCAUGACUGGCUGCAAGUCGUGCCCGGAAGGCACUUGGACCCGGGCCGAGGGCUCUUUCCGCAGUGACCAGUGCAGCAGCUGGAUCAAGCCGCCUGCGAAGAAGGUCGUUGUGGAGGCCACGGAUGAGAAGGAGGAGAAGGACGAGAAGGAAGAGAAGGAGGAAAAGCAAGAGGAAGAGGAGGAGAAGAUGCCGUGGGAUGAGCACGUCACUGAGGAGAAGGAGGACGAAGAAGAGAAGGAAGUGAGGAAUGAUCCCCCUCGCUGA